AUGUCCAUCAAGGAGGUGGAAAUGGAGGGGAAGUACAAGCCGCCGCAGCCCCACUGGUACGAGCUGUACGUCCAGCCCUGUGUGGCCGAGCUCCUGGGCUCGGCGCUGUUCAUCUUCAUCGGGUGCGCCUCGGUGAUCGAGAACGUGGACGGCACCGGGAGGCUGCAGCCCGCCCUGGCGCACGGCUUGGCACUCGGGCUCAUCAUCGCCAUUCUGGGGAACAUCAGGCCCUGCCUGGUCGGUGGGCUGCACAUGGUGAUGCUCAUCCCGUACUGGCUCUCCCAGCUGUGCGGCGGGCUGAUCGGGGCCGGCCUGGCCAAGGUGAUGACAGACAAUGAGAGAUACAUAAAUGCCACUGGAGCGGCUUUCACGAGCAUCACUGAUGACGAGCAAAUCCCCUCCGCCCUGACGGGGGAGAUUGUCAUGACCAUGUUCCUGGUCCUGGCCGUCUGCAUGGGAGCCAUCAACGAAAAGACCAGCAGCCCUCUGGCACCUUUCUGCAUUGGUUUCACUGUCACCGCCGACAUCCUGGCCGGAGGCGCUAUAUCUGGGGCAUGCAUGAACCCUGCCAGAGCGUUUGGGCCCGCGUUGGUCGCCAACUACUGGGACUACCACUGGGUGUACUGGGUGGGGCCCAUGGUAGCCAGCCUGCUAGCUGGUGUCUUGAUACGACUCUUGAUUGGCGACCGGAAAAUCCGCCUGCUCCUGAAGUGAGGCGUGGGAGGGGACUGCCUGCUGGACACGCUUGCGGAUCGGAGACUGGCUCUGCUUGGCCCUGGGGGAGAAACUCUGCUUCACCGCACGCCCACGCCUCCUGCUCGCUCUGGCCGCGGGGCGCUGCUCCGGGCUCCGAGCCUGCCCGUUGGUUUCCCCCGCGAGCUGGUCUUGGCCGGAUGAGCCCACCUGAAGCUGUAGCUCCUGUGAAACUAACACCUGCUGCGCUGAGAUGAAAGGACAGGCAGGGGCGGGCUGCUGUGAGCACGGGCCUUGUGUGUCUGCCCUGGGGCUGCGCCUCUUGUCACGGUCCUGAUGGGAGCCAGAUGCCAGAGCCGCUGUCCCGGGGGUUCCCAUCCUGCCCGGAGAGGCGCUGAAACGGGCAGGAAGGGCUGGCGAGCAGUGAAGCAGCCGGGCUGGUUCUCACCUCGGGGUGCCAAUGCGCUUGCUGUGCCAGCCACCAGGGGAAAUUCGCUUCUGUUACUUUACUGCUCUGGAGAGAGGAGCACCCGUCCCUGUGUGCUUCCGGCCCCAGUGCGUUCCCGGCCCAGUGCACCCGGUGCUGCUGGGGGAAGCGCACUCCUGCUGGGUCCCAGGGCCCCAUCCCGUGCGCUGGAUCUCUCGCCGUCUCCCCUGCGCCCCGGGGCUGGCUGACGUCUCCGCCGGUUGCCAGACGCCGUGGUGCGGAGCCUGCCCUAAGCCUAAUAAGGUGAAUAAAAGCCGCGUUGCACAGAAAUGCCUGUGGAAUGUGCGUCAUAAGUCACCAGCGCCGACGCUGAUUGAUUUCUGAAUUCUUGAGAAAAAAACAAAACAGAAAAAAACGUCCAAACAGCUGGGCCAGAAUGUAAAUUCACAC